AUAACAAGGCCCAGCCAUGCAGUCCUUCCGUGAAAGGUGUGGUUUCCAUGGCAACCAGCAGAACUACCAGCCGGCAUCUUCGCAAGAUUCAUCACGCCUGGAGAAUUACAGGCAUCAAAGCCAGGCCGGGCCGCACUGCGAGCGUCAGAGGAUGGUGGCAAAGGAGUACUAUGGCCAGCAGCAGCCACAGCCGCAGCCGCCGCCGCAGCCCCCCUUGCCUUACCAGGGGUACGGGGAGAACAGCACCGUGGAGAAAUAUCACCGGGGGAAUAAGCAGCUACGCAGCCAGCAACUCCCAGGCCGGCCGGCGUCCUUCCCAAAUUACACUGUCCAAGAGAACAGUCCCUAUCCAGCCCGUUAUUCUGGAGAGGAAGGCCUGCAGGCCUGGGGGUCACCGCAGCAACAGCCACCGCCGCCGCCUCCACAACCCUUGCCAGGAGGGGUGGCUAAAUAUGAGGAUAGCUUGUUGAAAAAGACAGCCACCUCCUCCGGCAGCAGGCAAUACCACGAGCAAGCCCCUCAGCUCCCUUUCCGAACUCACUCCCUACACCUUCAGCAGCAGCAGCAGCAGCAGCAGCAGCAGCCCACCUUGACCUACCCUAAGCUCCCGAGGCAGAAGAUCCAGAAUGACGUAGCCUCCCCCAUGUCCUUCCCGCAGGGCGCCCACUUCACCCAGCAUUCCCAGUCGUUCCCAGCCUCCUCGACGUACACGUCCGUCCAGAGUGGGAGCCAGGCUGCGCAUUCCUACAAAAGCUGCAACGCUCCCUCGGCGGCGCCACAGCACGAAAGGACUCUGGGGAAUGCCGCCAGCCUGCCCUCUGGGCAGCGGGUCCAGGGCCUACAUGGCUAUCAGCCUAACCGAAUCAGCUAUGACCAGCAGCAACAACAGCAGCAGCAGCAGCAGCAGCAGUCCAUGCAAGGAAGACACCAUGCCCAGGAAGCCCUUCACUAUCAAAACCUCGCAAAAUACCAACAUUAUAACCAGCCGGGACAGAGCUACUGUCAAGCCGAUGCCCCUGUGCGGACUCCAGACCAGUAUUACCAAACUUUCAGUCCCAGUUCCAGCCAUUCCCCGGCUCGUUCGGUUGGUAGGUCUCCCUCGUACAGUUCAACGCCUUCCCCGUUGAUGCCCAACUUGGAGAACUUCCAAUACAGCCAGCAGUCUCUGAGCACGGGGAACUUCCCAGCCAGCCUCGCUGACCAUAGCCAUUUUAUGCCUUUGUUGAACCCUUCGCCGACCGACGGGGCGAGCCCAGAUGCUCAGCCGCCUGCAAACUGCAAGAGCAUGCCGAAGGAGAAGAUCCCCGAGAACCUCUUGUCAGAUCUCAGCCUGCAGAGCCUCACAGCGCUCACCUCCCAGGUUGAAAACAUUUCCAACACCGUCCAGCAGCUUCUCCUCUCCAAGUCCACUGGGAUGCCCCAGAAGAAAGGCAUCAAGAACCCACCAAGGACCCCAGAGCAGCUCAAGGGUCAGCACUGCAGCCCGGAAGGCAACAAUUACUCAGCUGAGCAGGCGGGGACUCCCCUUUCAGACCCCCUGAGCACCCCCCAGUCAGUCCACGCUGAAACCCAGGAUGGCGAUUACCUGAGUGGAUCUGAGGAGCAGCUGGAAAGGAGCUUCCUCUACUGCAACCAGAGCCGCAGCCCAGCUCGCGUCAACAGCAACUCCAAGGCAAAGCCUGAGUCCGUAUCUACGUGCUCGGUGACUUCUCCGGACGAUAUGUCCACCAAGUCGGACGAUUCAUUCCAAAGCAUCCACACCAGCUUGCCACUGGAGAGCUUCACCAAGUUUGUGACCAACGAGAGGGAUUGCCCGAGACUGCUCCUCAGCGCCCUGUCUCAGGAGGAGCUCGCCUCUGAGAUCAUCGGUUUGCAAGAUGCUAUCAACGAGAAAGCAGACAAAGGCUGGGCCAGCCCCCCUGCUCCAAACAAAGACCCUGACAAAUCCCCUUUCCACUUAGAGAACCACAGAACCUGCCUGGAUUCCAUAGUAAAAAGUCCGUGGUCCAAUCAGGGGGAUUCAAAUGCCCUCACUGAGCCCAUGAAGUUGGACAAAGCUCUGGGGGGGAAUAACGGGAAGAAUUUCACCGAGGAAGUCUACAACAACUCCCAGGUGGCGUUUACAACAGCAGAGACGAAAAAUACCCUGAAAACGACCAGCUCUGUGGGCUACAAUUCCAAACCCAACAUCUCGGCUGCCACUUCCAGCUCCGAGGCCACAAGCUUCAGUUGCUACUCAAAUGCCACAGCCAAUUCAGUGGGUUCUGAAAAUGCCAUGGAGAACUUCGAUUGGCCAGAUGAAAACCUCAGCGACACAUGGAAAGAGCUGGGGUCGAGCCUCCAAGGGUCAGACCUUUCCAAGAGUUUGUUCUCUGGCAAACUGAGCGAGACGUCCGAGGAGAAAAAAAAUGCUUGCUGCCUGAGUCUUUGCGAUGCUGAGCAGGCGCCCCAAGAAGCAGAGGGCUUCGAUCAGCCGCAGGAGGCAAGCAAGGGAGAGAAUCUGACUUACGACGAGGCCACCAGAGCAGACAGUGAGCGAUGGCUGGAAGACACCACCAGGCAGUCCUGCUCAGGAGGGGACUUCAGUGAACUCCCCAUGAUGUCCUCUCCAGACCUGAAAGAAUCCGAUUUGGAACCUGAAGAGUACUCCUCUUUGUGUGAACUAGCAGCUUCUGAACAAAAGUCUUUGACCUAUGAUGCUUUUACACCUAAGCCAGCGGAGAACACCCCAGCCCUCUCCCUGCAAGACACACCAGGUUCAGCAGAAGAAAUGGCAAACGCGGCCGAGAAAGAGAGUGUCACUCCUCCUUCGCACUUAUCUGAUCAGUCUGUUAUCCUCUUGGGCCCAGCUGUUGGCACGGAGACAAAAGUGAAAAGUUGGUUCGAAUCUUCCCUGCACCACUUGAAGCCUGAGGAGGAGGUGGCGGGAAGUGAAAACGCCCUUCCAGAUAAGGCAGAGACUCUGGCAGCUUCGCUAGUGACUAACCAAGCCUCUCUUGAGCAGGUGCCAAUAACCUCAGAACCAACAUCUAGGGGCAAGAGCCUUCGCAGUAAGAAGGUCCACUGCAGACUGUCGGGAGGCGAGGAACCCGUCCAACCCAUGUCAAGCCCAUGCACGGGCAACCAGGCAGCUGGCAUGGUGGCCAGCAAAUGCCCAUGUCCAAACAACCUGAUUGAAAUGCCAAGUAAGAGCGCCCAUGGCCAAACUCCCCGGUUUCCAGCAGAAGGCUUGCCAGCAAGGAUGUGUACCCGCUCGUUCACCGCGUUGACUGAACCCAGGAUGCCAGAUCCUUUGGAAGGUGCAAAGGCCUCGACCCCUCAAGAGAAGUCAGGCAAGAAGACAGUGUGCAUCCUGAAACAGAGAGCCGCUUUCAAAGCAAGGAAGGCCAAUGGCAAACCUUCUCCAAAGCCCAGCAACGCUGCUUCCCCACCGGUCUCAAAUUUGGUGCAGAGCGAAGACUCUGGUCACAAGGCGAAAGAAGCCGAUGGCAUUGAAAUGGAAGCGAAAGAUCAGCAGUCCAUGAUCCUUCGUUCCAGGACCAGGACCCAGGAGGUCUUCUACAGCAAGCGGAGGAGAGAGAAGAGCGCCAUGGAUGCAGGGCUCAAGGAGGGCAAGCCACCCAAGAAGGUUCUUCCAAACAACCACUUCCCCGGUUCCUUCAAGGUCAGUCCCCAAAGCAGGUCUGAGAGGGAGAGCAAAAGGCUGGCACUCCCAAAAGCCAGGCCUGGAAUGGGUGGCAAGAUGUCCGAUCAGCCGCUGCACAGCCUGAAGAGAAAGUCCGCCUUUAUGCCACCGGUUCCUGCGAAAAAAAGGAACUUGGUCCUGAGGAGUAACAGUCACAGGAGCAGCAACGCGAAGGAUGAGAAGCCGGAAGCUUCCGCCAGCCUGUUCAAGAGGAUGCCGCUGGCCAAAAAGGCGAAAGCUAAGCUGUCCCCUAAGAACUCAUGCGAUGUGGUGCUCAAGUCCCCUCAGGUGAAGGAGAACCCCGACGUCUGCAUCAAGAUCACCUCUCGGGCCGCCUUCCAGGGAGCGAUGAAAACGAAAGUACUUCCCCCAAGGAAAGGCCGGGGCCUGAAGCUGGAAGCCAUCGUCCAGAAGAUCACCUCUCCCAACCUGAAAAAGUUUGCCUGCCGAACAGCCACCGUCUCCUUCACCGUCCCUGCCGCCACCUCCCACAGUAAUCCCCUCAGCCCGUCUCUGCCACCGGAGAGGGAGCAGGCCUCAAAGAAUGCAGGCGCAGCCCCAGCGGCGGUGGAAGCCAGGCCAUUAAACCAGGCCUUGUCACAAAAGGCUCCCGCCGCUCCAGCAGCCGAGCAAUUAUGCAGAAGCCCGAACAACAGAUCCUUCAGAGGAAAACUAAUGAACAGUAAGAAACUGUCCUCCAACUGUUUCAAGGGUGAGGCCUAUUCAUCUCCCGAGACGUUGCAGCACAGCGGUGACGGCAUGGCUGCCAGCGGCACCGGCCUGCUGCCCAAGAAGAGGAACCGAAAAGGGAAAGUGGCGUCCUUCCGAACGGCCAAAAAUAGCCUGGAGAAGUGCCCUCACCUGAGCCCAGCUCUGCUUUUUGCAUCCAGAGAAAAGGCAGCGGUUGCAGCAGCAGCAGGGAAAGGCGAGGAGGGACAAAGGGAGGUGAAGAAGCCAAAGGCCGAGGACAAAGGCUUCAGUAGCGCCGAGAGCUCCGAGGGGAGGUCCUCGCAGGCCCAGACCAGGGCCCAGAAGCAGCGGGCCAACCAUUCCAACUACAACGGCUACACCAAGAGACAAAGGAAGCGGCUCAGCCGCCGCAAGGCCCCCAGCGUGCCCUCGAGGUGCAAGAGCAGGGCCAAGAGGCGGCACCCGCAACAGGCUCCCCUGCUGAGCCCGGCCGAGCCCGAAAUCCGGCUCAAGUACGUGUCGUGCAAGCGGCUGAGGUCGGACAGCCGGGCACCCCCCUUCUCGCCGUAUGUCCGGGUGGAGAAGCAGUCCGAGUUCGUCACCAACUGCACUGUCGUCAACUCUCCUGCCGAAGAGGCCCGGCUGCACAAUAGUGAGCGCUCCUCCUCGUCUGCCCAGGCCGGGCUUUCGGGGGCCGCAUCCCUCCAGCAGCCACGGGCCGCCCUGCCUUUGUCGUCCACCAUGCACCUCGGCCCGGUGGUCUCCAAGGCCCUCAACGCCACCUGCCUGGUCUGCUGCCUGUGCCGGAACCCGGCCAACUACAAGGACCAGGGGGACCUCUGUGGGCCGUACUACCCUGAGGACUGCCUUCCAAAGAAGAAGUCGCGGCUGAAAGAGAAGAUUAAAGUGGAGGGGCUGGGCGAGGAGCCUCCGUCUCCGGCGGAAAGGCUGCUCAAAGCGACAGAUAAUAAUUGUGCAACUAGUACGCCGGGUGGAAAGCCGCCAAGGUUGGACAGUGGCGCUGACUCAGCGAAACAGAGCGCUCUCCGCUCCAGUUCAAGGGGGAUGUUUAGGAAACUACAAAGCUGUUACUGCUGCGAUGAGAGGACAGAGGGAGAGGAGGCGGCGGUGGCGGCAGCAGCCGCCGCAGCCGCCGAGAAGCCCAGGAGGCACGAAUGUGGCAAAGCGGAGCCGCCACCUCCGGACCCUGCCAGCGAUACGCAGGAGCACUGGGUCCAUGAGGCCUGCGCUGUGUGGACAGCUGGGAUUUACCUGGUGGCGGGAAAGCUCUAUGGACUGCAGGAGGCAAUAAAGAUGGCUGCUGACGUGAGAUGCUCCAGUUGUCAGCAAGUAGGAGCAACCAUUGGCUGCUGCCAUAAGGGGUGUGCCCAAACCUUUCACUACAUAUGUGCCAUUGAUACAGGUUGUUUGUUAAGUGAAGAGACCUUCUUGCUGAACUGCCCUAGACAUAAGAAGCAGCCGUUGUAAUGCGGAGCAGGGAAAUCCGUCGCCUCCACCCAGUCGCCAGCCUCUGGCAGCGGCUGCAGCCAAGAUGAACUCUGCAGGGGAGAGGCAAAGCGAAUGUAUUUCG